AUGAACAACUCAGACAGUCAGGUACUCAAAAGCAUUCAAAGGGAAAUAGACGUUACCAACGCCUUACUCAACAGACUCCAACAAUACCAACGAUGCAACAUGUUCCAAGAUCCAAAGGUCUCACCAGAUGGCAUCUCCAUUUCUUUCCGCAAUAUACCCAAGUUUCAGAUCAUGGGCAAUAAUUCUACGAUUUGGUAUCACACUUCCUAUCAAUGUUUCAAAAAAAUUCUGACAGCAGGCAAGACCAAUAUCGAUUCAGCAUGGAAAAUUUGUCUGCCAAUGUCUUUCGACCAUGAUCAUGACACAUGGUACAAAUCGAACUUACAAGGAAAAGACAUCUCUUGGAACGAUGUGAAAGACAUAAUCACCAAGAAGUUUGACUCUUUUGACAGACAAUUGGAAAUGGCAUCCCUCGUCUUUACAAGGAUAAUGGGACCCAACAAAUCGAUCCUCGACUAUGGAAUCAAAUUUCAAAAAGCGUGCAGAGAAGGUGGCGUAAAAGAAAACGCCAACCUUGCUAUGCGUUUCAUGAGUAGCUUGACUCCGGAACUUAGUUCCAACGUCAAGUUAGCCUGGUUUGCUCGAUAUUCAGAAAUGCCUCAAACGAUUAAGCAGGUACUCCUUCUUGCUAAUGGUAUAUCGACCAGCAAUAAAAGAAGUAACCCGUAUGACAACUGCAACAACAACUGCAACAACAGAAAAAGUAACCUAAACAUAACAAACAAAGGAAAGUACUUUUGCACGCAACAUAUGUUCAACGAUAUGCAUGUUACUUCUAACUGUCGCAUGCUUCAAAAACACAAGCACACAGAUAAAACCUGUAGAUAUUGCAACAAGCCUUGGCAACACCACCACACCUGCCAAGAGUAUCUCCAAGCCAAAACAAGGACCGUAAAUGCCAUUGGUACCACACAAGAAAACAUCACCUCACCUAUCAAUCAUAUAACCCAAACGCUUGAGAACGCCUCAUUUGUGACAUAUGCAAAUGGCUAUGAAUUUUUACAUUCCUUUGAACUUAUGGAAAUGAAUCAAGAAGAUAGUUUAAUAUUAGGACAAGAUAUAUUACCUAAACUUGGUAUCACUUUAUCUGGAGUAGCUGUAGACUGGAACAUUAAAACCAGUACUAGGGAAAAUCAAGAAAUAGAGAAUGAUCUUGAACCUAACAAUUCACCGUACAGUACUAAAGAACAACAUGAUCAGUUUAUGAGCACAAUAGCUUGCUACAUAGAAGAUAAUGAAGCAAUACUUAAAACUUCAUUUUGCACAGUACCAGAGUCAAUAGCGGAACUCAAGACUGCUGAAGGUGCAAAAACCUAUCAAUGA